UACAAUUUGUUUCUUUAAUGCUCGCGAAAGCGAUAAUCUUUCCAUAAAGUCCCUUCUAGAAUUUCACAGGACGGUUAUGAUGCCUCUUUGAAUCAUUUCAAUUUAUUGUGUUGAGUUUGGUGGCUGGUUCAACGAAUAAUGCACCUUUAAUGUGCUUAUCGAGAGUCCAACUAAUUGCAUAAAUUGAGUCGUUCAGUGCCUUAGAUAAAUUCCAAUUAGCUUGAUUUUGGCCUUGUACUGCUAAGGCAACAUGAAGAAAGGUUUCUUAGUAAGAAUGUUCUUCAGUUCCUCAUCUACUUCUAUCGAAUACCAAACUUCCAUUUCCAUCAUUCGAAAUGCCUGCCGAAAGUGAAAGACUGAAGGUUCUAGUCACAAAUCCAGAAAUACCACAGGAGGCUAUCGACUUACUGUCGCGAGAUCAUGAAGUAAUCCUUUGUCACAAUGUACCUUCGCAACGUUCGGAAAUUUUGGAGAAGUGCAAGGGUGUGCAUGGUAUACUUUGGGUAAAUCAUCGGUCACUCAAUGCGGAAAUUUUAGAUGCCGCUGGGCCACAGCUACAAGUCAUUUCCACUAGGUCUACGGGCAUUGAUAACGUCGACGUUGAAGAAUUUAAGCGACGCAAGAUACCUCUGGGAAACACGCUUGGCGCACUAAACGAUGCAGUUGCUGAUGUAGCGGUUGGUUUAUUGUUGGCAGCUGCGCGCCGUUUCCACGAAGGACGACUGAAGAUUGAGACUAACAAUUGGGAGAAUUACCAUCUAAACUGGAUGUUGGGUCAGGAUUUGCGCGACGCGGUAGUGGGUUUCUUUGGUUUCGGUGGUAUCGCACAAACGAUCGCCAAACGUUUAUCCGGUUUCGAUAUUGAUAGUGUCUUAUACACCACACGUCGCCGAGUUUCGGAGGAAAUCGAACAGAAGUACAAUGCCAAGAAAGUGGAAUUCGACACCUUGCUUGCCCAGAGUGAUUUCGUUAUUAUUGCUACACCCUUGACUAAUGAGACUACUGGUGUUUUCAAUGCCACCGCUUUUGGUAAAAUGAAGAAUACCGCCGUGCUGGUAAAUAUUGGGCGUGGUGGUGUCGUGAAUCAGCAGGAUUUAUAUGAGGCUUUGAAAACAAAUCAAAUAUUUUCCGCAGGCUUGGAUGUAAUGACUCCAGAACCACUACCUCUCAAUGAUCCGCUAUUGAGUUUACCAAAUGUUGUUCUAAUGCCUCAUGUGGGUUCAGCUACCACGCGUACACGGACCCAUAUGGCAAUUAUAGCAGCACAUAAUAUUUUACGAGGACUUGCUGGUGAACCUAUGCUCUCACCAGCAUAUUAAUUCUCCAUGCAAUAUAAGUUAUAAAUAUAUUACUUUUUAGAGGGGAAAUAUGUUCCACCUAAUGAAUAAAUAAAUUGAUUUACACUAGUGCAA